UUUACUUUCGUUUCAGCAAGAUGUUGCGAACCACAAAACUCGAUCUGUUAAAAUUGAUCUCGACGACUUAAUGAACUACAAGGAUCUAGAUGAGGAAUUUCUGACGCGAGUUACUGAGAAUACUCGAAGAUAUGUAGGGAUUUUUGCUGAUGCCAUUGAUGAGCUCAUGCCGGAGCCUACUGAGGCGUUUAUUGAUGAUGACCAUGACAUUUUGAUGACUCAGAGGUCUGAUGAAGGAACUGAAGGUGCUGAUGGGUCUGACCCGCACCAGAAGAUGCCUUCUGAAAUCAAACGCUUUUUGUAAGACUCCAGAUUUUUUGGGCUAUUCAA